AUGAAAUAUGAUUGGCUCAGACAACUGUCAGUGCUCUUUUCUCUUGUAGGUUUGUGUGACUGUUUCAACAUCGACACAAAAAACCCUCGGAUCAUCAAAGGUCCAAAACAGGCUCAGUUUGGAUACACAGUCCAACAGCACGUGGCAGCGGGCGGAGACAAGUGGUUACUGGUGGGCGCUCCAUAUGAAAUGAAUGGGCCGUAUCAGACUGGAGACGUGUACAAAUGCUCCCUGAACAAAAGGAUCAAUGGGAACGGAUGCACCAAGCUCAACCUCGGCAGGAUAUCUCUGACCAACGUCUCGGAGCGUAAGGACAAGAUGAGACUGGGCAUGACUCUGGCGUCGAACCCCACAGACAAGAGCUUUGUGGCCUGUGGUCCUCUCUGGUCCUAUGAGUGUGGAAGUUCAUAUUACAGCACCGGAAUCUGCUCCAGAGUCAACGCCAGCUUCAAGUUCUCCAGGACCAUAGCCCCCGCCUUCCAGCGGUGUGAGACCUACAUGGACAUCGUGAUCGUUCUGGAUGGAUCCAACUCCAUCUACCCCUGGUACGAAGUGCAGGCUUUUCUCAUCAACAUUCUGCAGAAGUUCUAUGUGGGACCAGGUCAGAUCCAGGUUGGAGUGGUGCAGUAUGGGGAGAAGGUGGUCCAUGAGUUCCAGCUGAAUGACUACAAGUCGGUGGAGGAGGUGGUGAAGAGAGCGAGAAGCAUCAACCAGAGGGGAGGAGAAGAGACCAACACAGCUCUGGGCAUCAACGUGGCACGUUCAGAAGGCUUCAAACAUGGCGGCCGGCGCGGGGCUAAGAAGGUGAUGAUCGUGAUCACUGACGGAGAGUCCCACGACAGCCCUGACCUGCAGCAGGCCAUCGAGGACAGCGAGAGGGAGGGCAUCACGCGCUACGCCAUCGCUGUGUUGGGCUACUACAACCGCAGAGGCAUAAACCCAGAGGCCUUCUUGAACGAGAUCAAGUACAUCGCCAGUGAUCCUGACGACAAGCACUUCUUCAACGUGACUGACGAGUCUGCACUCAAAGACAUCGUGGACGCACUGGGGGAGCGCAUCUUCAGCCUGGAAGGCACCAGUAAGAACGGCACUGCGUUUGGUCUCCAGAUGUCCCAGGCCGGCUUCUCUGCACACACUGUGGAGGAUGGCAUUCUGGUGGGGGCCGUCGGAGCUUACGACUGGAACGGGGCCGUGCUGAAGGAGACGAGGCAGGGAAAGGUCAUCCCUCCCAAGGCUUCGUACGCGCAGGAGUUCCCCGAGGAGCUCAAGAACCACGGAGCCUAUCUGGGUUACACUGUGACGUCAGUGGUGUCAGCCCGGAGCGGGCGUCUGCUGGUGGCAGGAGCUCCACGCUUCAACCACACAGGAAAAGUCAUCGUGUUCACUCUGAAGAACAGCGGAGAACUCAGCAUCCUGCUCUCUCUCAAAGGACAGCAGAUCGGCUCGUACUACGGCAGUGAGAUCGCUCCUGUGGACAUCGACGGAGACGGAGUGACCGAUAACCUGCUGGUGGCCGCUCCCAUGUUCUUCAGCGCCGGCAUGGAGAAAGGAAAGGUCUACAUCUACAGAGUCACCGAGCAGAACCGUUUUGUGUUUGAGGGCGCUCUGGAGAUCCAUAAUGGUGGACAGAACGCACGCUUCGGCUCCUCUUUGGCCCCCGUCCCAGACCUGAACGGAGACGGCUUCAAUGACCUGGUGGUGGGGGCUCCCCUGGAGGACGACCACAAGGGGGCAGUGUACGUGUUCUUCAGCCAGCACAACCGCAUCCUGCGCAAGUAUAAGCAAAGGAUCGCAGCCUCAGACCUGGCUCCUGGGCUGCAGUACUUUGGCCGCAGUGUUCACGGGGCCAUGGACAUGAACGGGGACAGGCUGGUGGACCUGGCUGUGGGCUCGCUCGGGGCCGCUGUCCUGCUCUGGUCCCAGAGCGUGGUCCGGAUCUACGCGUCGGUGAGUUUUGAGCCCAGUAAGAUCAACGUGUUCGUGAAGGACUGUCAGCGCGGAGGCAAAGACGUCACCUGUAUGUCCGCCAUCGUGUGCUUCAACGUGACCGCGCGCACCCCCGUGCCCCCCGACCAGCGCAUAGACAUCAAAUACAACGUGUCGAUCGUGGAGCGGCGGUUCAACCCCAGAGCUGUCCUGGACAACCCCGCCCAGGCCCUGCCCCAGAACCUGAGCCUGCUGCCCGGAGAGGACUUCUGCCAACACAUCUACUUCCACGUCAUGGAGACCACAGACUACACCAGACCCAUCGUCUUCACUGUGCAGGUGGGACUGCAGAGACCUGAGGACGCCCCUGUGCUGGACGACGCCUGGCCCACGCUCACACGCACCGAGCUGCCCUUCUGGAACGGCUGUGACGAGGACGACUGUAUCCCAGACCUGUUUCUGCAGAGUAUGACCGACCUCAUGACUCCCAAGCAGUUCUGUGCCCAGCCGGUGCAGUCUCAGGGGGUGUUCUGUGGGCACGUGGGAGAGGCUGGCACAGAGGGCAGUCUGCGGGUGAUGGAGGCGAGGAGAGGGCGGAUGGUGGUGGAUGUACGACUGGAGAACAAAGGAGAGAACGCCUAUGGAGCCAGAAUCAACAUCAGCCACAGCCCCAACCUGCACCUCACCAGUCUGCACGUGAAGGACAACUCUGACAUCAAGAUGGUGUGCAGCCGUGAGGACAAGCUGCGGCCUGAGAGGAUCUGCAACGUGAGCGCCCCCUUCAUGAGAGCCAAGUCUAAGGUUUAUUUCCGUUUGGAGUUUGAGUUCAGCCGCUCUGUUGUCCUGGAUCAUCUCCGGAUCUUCCUGGAGGCCAGCAGCGAUGGAGAGGACGUGUCUACUGCAGAUAAUUUCAACGAUAUCUACUACUUCUUACAAUAUGAAGCAGACCUACUUUUUACAAGAAAUUCCAACCCCACUCGCUAUGAGAUCAAGUCUGACUUGUCUCUGGAGGACUCUGGAGUAAUCGGCCCUCCCUUUAACUUCACUUUUCAGAUCCAGAACCUGGGUUACUUCCCCGUCAAAGACCUGCAGCUCAACAUCCACAUCCCAGAAAUGACCCGCAAUGGCAACCAGCUCCUACACAUCCACAACUUCAGCAUAGACCAGAGAGACGGGACGUACUGUCUGCCCCCGCAGCAUGUGGCCCAGAGCAGAGCCGCUCCAGAGGACCUGUCCCGCUACACACAACUGAACCGCUCCAACACCCUGACCGUCCCUGUGCAGUGCUCUGUCAAUGUGGCCUCCUACAGAGACGUCUCUGUGAGGAUCAGUGGAGCUCUGAGAGUGGACACACUCCACGCUCUCAAGUUUAAAAUCGUGGAGGUGGUCAGCAGUGCUUCGGUGGAGCUGCCUGCGUCCAGCGCCAUGUUCCUGCAUGAAGAGCGACCGGUCAGACAUAUUGUUUUGGAGAUCCGUAAGGCGGGAGACUUCCGUAUCCCGGUGUGGAUCAUCGUGGGCAGUACUCUGGGGGGUCUGCUGCUGCUCGCUCUGCUCAGCCUGGCUCUGUGGAAGUUGGGCUUCUUCAGGAGACAGAAGCGGCGAGAGGAGGAGGCGGAGCCAGGGCCCAACGCCAAAGUGUCCGAGGAGCGGUAA